AUGACAGUGGUUUGGCUCCUCGUCGGCCUUCCUAUGGAGACUUCUCACUCGACUUCCUAAAGAAUUGAGCCUGAAAUUUGGCGCCUUGCCCUGUGUGAUUGAGCAGAAGUGGGAAUUCGUUGAAAAAUUCCCAAGAGUGCUUCACAAACGCAGCCGCUCUUUCAUAUCGAAAAUUCGACGACGUGGGGACGGCGCCUUUAUUUCUGCCCGGAGAUCGACACAAUCUACGUUCCGCAUCACUGUCGGUCUUGAUGAUUAUCUACCCACAGUAUUUCCACAGUCUUCCUACCAGUCAUCCCACCAUUAACUAACAAUGGCGUACUUCGACAACUCGCCAGCUCCAACAUUUAUUGGGCAUAUUUCCGCAAAACAUGAUGCUAAAAUUCUGGUCGAAUGCUGUAUUCGCGGCUUGCUCAAACCAAUCCCUCGUCGCCUCCGAGAAUGUGAGCGAGACAAACUUAUUCAGAGCGGGAACGUCUUCAUUUAUGAGGAGGAUUCUUCAAGAAUCACACGGUGGACUGAUGGGAAAAGAUGGGGUCCGAGUCGUAAAGACGGAGACUUUCUCAUUUACAAGGAGACAACGGAGCUUGUAACGAAGAAGAAAUCGAAGACGAAAUCGAAGACGAAACGAAGCAAUCGGGGUAUCAGCAAACCAGAACCGUACGGCAGAGGUUUGGCUGUAUCACCCAGGGCCAGCGGACUGUGUGGGAGAAGAACGGCAAGUCCUUUGACAACAAAGAACGCAGAGUCGGGGCCGCAGGGAGCGGUCAACAACAAGCCCCAACAAACACUCACAAAGAAGUCUGUUGCUAUUACCUUGGGGCAGUCUCGAUUCCACCUCGUCUCAUACUACACUCUCGAGGACAUCGAAAAACUUAUCACGCCAUCGGGAACCCCUCUCUAUCAAAAUGUCCAUCCUCGCUCGGAUCUCAAUGGACCGACUUUGAAAGGGCGCCGACUGGAAGAAAUAAGAAUAGAAAAGCAGGCUGGAUGA